GACGGCCCAGAUUGGUCCCCACCACCACCACCCUCCCGUGAUCUUCAGGACGACUCAAUAUACCUUUUACCAUCAACAAAACAAAAGGCGUUUCCAACUUCCAGAUCAAAAAGGGGAAACUUCCAACACUCCCUCUGCUUGUCUGGAUCAAAGCCCCCCCCACCCCCCCGCUCUCUCUCUCGUUUGCUCAGGUACUUUAUCUUAUUUCCAACCUCUAAAUUUCUGUAUUCAUAUAUGCCAAUAUAUAUGUGUUGAUAUAACUUUAAAAUUUAGGGGUAUUGAUAACUUCCUUCAACGGUUUUCGAGCUUGAAGUCUCUUUCUUUGUGUGUAUUGGAUGCGAAUAUGCUCCCAAAGAGUAGAUCAAAUUGGUGAAUAUUUGUGGGUUUCACAGCCUAUUUAUUUGUUUGUUUCCUUUAACUGCAGCUACACAUGUACUUGGUGUUGUGCUAUGUUUCUUAAAAUUCCCAUUCUUCUCGACCCAUUUUUGGAUUCACUUUGGGGUUUGUGUUUCUGGGUCUUUGAUAUAUAGUGUUUGUGCCUUGAGUAUCUUUGCAAUCAAGCAGUAAGAUUUGGCAAGAAAGACAUAUCUAGGGGAAAAAAAAAAGAAUCUGACGUUGGAGUUUUGAUUUAGAUUUUGACGAUAGUCAUUUUGAUUUGUUCUUGUGAAGCAGAUACUCAUGGAUGAACAACUGAGUGGUUAUUAUUGUGGUUCGAUCAACGGAACCAAAUACGACGAAGCAGCUAUUCCAUUCCUCUCAGAUCAUAAUUUUGUCACUAAAUUCAAUGGUGGUGGUGGUACUUUUUUGAACCACGAUUUCUUGAAUAUCCCUCCAUUUCCACCCGAUCCACACCCGGAUCUUGUAGGCACACCAUCUGCCAUGAGUACGGAGGGCGAUUCUCAUGACGACUGUGAUUUUAGUGAUGGGGUGCUUAAGUUCAUAAACCGGAUGCUUAUGGAAGAAGACAUGGAAGAAAAGACUUGUAUGUUUCAGGAGUCUGCAGCUCUUCAAGCUGCCGAGAAAUCAUUCUAUGAGGUCCUUGUGGAGAAGGAGGGUCCUUCUCCUUCUCCAGAUCACCACCAGAUACAUCAUGUGGAACCAGAUAGUGAUGAUCCCAAUGAAUGCUAUGGGAUAGCUCAGAAUAACUAUAACACGAGCAGCUGUGUAAUAGAUCUAGGUUUGACUUAUGAUCAUGUUGAGUAUGAGCCUAUUCCUGUUCAAACUGCGGCUAGUGAAUUUUCUUCACAGUCCACUUCUCGGUCAUCUUUCAGCUCAUCAAGUAGUGUUGGUAGUGCCAUAGAUGCACUUACGGACUCACCUGUCAGUACACUUGGAGUUCAUGACAUAUUCAAUGAUACCAAUUCUUUCUCCCAGUAUCAAAGAGGGUUUGAGGAAGCAAGCAAGUUCCUUCCUUGUGGUAAUGGUUUGUCUCUUGAUUCGCGGAGUAAUAAUUUAGUUAAAGAGGAAAAGGAAGACAGGAAGGGGAAGGGUCUGGUAGUUAAGGCAGAGAACAAGUACGAGAGGGAGUAUUCUCUUGAUGGUUCAAGGGGAAAGAAGAACGCUCAUCGUCAAGAGUUUGAUUUGGAGGAAGGGAGGAGUAACAAGCAGUCAGCGCCUUAUAUGGAAACGAGUGUGACAUCAGAGAUGUUUGAUAGGGUGUUACUAUAUAGUGGUGAAAAAAAUGAUGAGUCUGCUCUUCGUGAAGCCUUGCAGAAUGCAGUGAACAAAAAUAUGCAACAGAACGGUCCAUCUGAGGGAUUGAACGGUGGAAGGGCACGUGGUAGAAAAAAGGGUGGUAAAAGGGAUGUGGUAGAUCUUACAACUCUCUUAACCCUAUGUGCACAAGCUGUUUCUGCAAAUGACAGAAGGAGCGCAAGUGAGCUAUUAAAGCAGAUUAGGCAGCAUUCAUCUCCUGCUGGGGAUGGGAUGCAGAGAAUGGCACAUUAUUUUGCCGAUGGCCUUGAGGCACGGAUGGCUGGCUCUGGAACCCAGAGUUAUAAAGCUGUUAUAACAAAGCUGACAUCUGCUGCUGAGAUUUUGAAGGCUUACCAAUUAUCUCUUGCUUGCUGUCCAUUUAGAAAGGUCUCAAAUUUCUUUGCAAACAGAACGAUUAUGAAUGUAUCUGAGAAAGCGGCGAGACUGCACAUUGUUGAUUUUGGAAUUCUUUAUGGCUUCCAAUACCCUAGCCUAAUACAGCGGCUGUCAUCUAGGCCUGGUGGACCCCCCGAAGUCCGGAUUACUGGGAUUGAUCUACCGAAUUCAGGUUUCCGACCGGCAGAAAGGGUUGAGGAGACAGGCUGGCGUUUAGCCAACUAUGCAAAGUCUUUCAAUGUUCCGUUUGAUUUCAAUGCCAUUGCACAGAAGUGGGAAACAAUUCAAAUUGAGGAUCUCAAGCUUGACAGGGAUGAGGUGCUCGUAGUGAAUUGCCAGUAUAGGUUUAGGAAUCUCCUUGAUGAGACUGUGGUGAUGGAAAGCCCAAGGGAGAUUGUUCUAAAACUCAUCAGGAAGAUGAAUCCGAAUGUUUACCUGCAGGGUGUGGUAAAUGGGUCCUACAAUGCGCCCUUCUUUAUUUCCCGGUUCCGCGAGGCUAUGUUCCACUACUCUUCUUUUUUCGAUAUGUUGGAGACUACUGUGCCACGCGAGGUGCACGAGAGGAUGCUGAUUGAGAAAGAGAUAUUUGGGUGGGAGGUUAUGAAUGUCAUUUCGUGCGAAGGUGCAGAGAGGAUUGAGAGGCCGGAGACGUACAAGCAGUGGCAGGUUAGGAAUUUGAGGGCGGGAUUCAAACAACUCCCCUUGGACAGGGAGAUUAUGCGUACAACCAAAGAAAAGGUGAAUGCUUGGUACAAUAAGGAUUUUGUGGUUGAUGAAGAUGGUCAUUGGAUGCUUCUUGGGUGGAAGGGAAGAAUUAUUCACGCCCUUUCUUCUUGGAAGCCAGCUUUUUAAAGAAAUUGCAUGGAAGGGAAUGACCGCGCUAUGUGUAUCAUGCUCGGCUUUCUCCCUUUGCGCUGUGCAAUAUUUUGUGAUGUUUGUUAUGCAAAGCUGAGAAGCCGCAGUGCUGCCUUCCAAGAUUGUGCUUUGAUGGUCCAGGCGUGCAGUUAGCAGCGGCCAUUGCUCUCCAAUUUGAUAGAAGAUUGAAAUUUGAUAUAUCAGGUUCCAUGUUACCUUGAUACUUCUGAAAAAUAGGAGAUGAGUCUACGAGCUUUUGUCAGCCACUAGAGGAAAUAGUCCGACUGGGAAUGGAUACUCGGGGGCAAAUCCGUAUGAUGUGGUUUUGUCCUGACUUAAAACGGUCCCCACAGUGGAUGGUGGGAGUGGUCUCCAAGGUUAAUCAAGGUGCACUUCAACUGACCCGGACACCUUGAGUUAUCAAAAGAGGAAGUAGUCUCGAGUGUUGUAUUUACGGGCAAAAGCGUAUAUGAUAGUAGUAGUAAGUUAUUGAACUUGUGUCAUUAAAAGCUUGCGGAAAGGUGAAAUGGCCUUUGUAAAUCUCUACUAUAUAUAGAAGAUGUACGUACGUUUGUUAGUGAUCUCGUAUUCUUUUUCUGAAAAAUGAUUUUAUCUCCUUUCAUAUAUAUAUAAAUCCUCUUCUUAUAAGGAU